AAUUGCGCUUUAACGAUAAAGAGGAUUACAAGUUGGCCUUGGUUUCGAAUGAAUCCCGAUUCAAACUUCCCAUCAAGGACAAAUCGGAAUCUUCAUCAAGAUAAAUGACAGCCACCUGACGGAACGCACCAAGCUCUUGUUAUCUCUCGGAGAGAAAGCAAAGUUAAAAAAACAUUUCUUGGCCAACCGUUGAAGAAAGAAGAAGUAUUUGUUCUCACCUCCCUCGGGCAUUUUUCUUUUCGUGUUUCCUGCUCGAACUGUGCUGCAUAAUCAACCCCAGCAGCUUCAGAAAGACUGUAGCAGAGUGUAGCUGACCCUCCUCUCGAAGCUUUCUCCUGUCUGUAUUAUACCCGUUUUGUAGACGACUUUUAAUCGUGAUUUCCAAUGUGAUUGUAUACAUUUCAUGUCAAGGUAAUGCGGUUGAUUUUGACCACCUAAAGGAUCGUUUUAGUUCGAUAUUCGGCUACAAUUACAUCGACAGUUGGUCGGAAAAAGGCAGAGCAGGAUGGAAGCUGAAUCAAGAUCGAGCGCGUCGAGUUCCGAUGGAACGAAAACGCAGAAAUACAACAAAGUUACGACGACAUUGGAUCUUGGCUUCCGCGAUCUCUGUUUCACCACGGGCAAAGGGGAAAAGGCUAAGAGGAUUUUACACAAAAUGAGCGGUGCCUUCAAGUCCGGCCAGCUGACGGCCAUUCUAGGGCCGUCCGGAGCCGGGAAAACUUCUCUAAUGAAUAUUCUAGCCGGCUUAAAGACGAGUGGAGUGGAAGGUCGGGUCCAAGUGAACGGAGCCGAACGGGACCUGAAAAUUUUCCGCAAAAGGUCGGCGUACAUCACACAAAAAGACCAUCUGCUGUCCAACUUAACCGUCGACGAAUACAUGUUGGCUGCUGCCCAUCUAAAAUUAGGCAACGGCGUCUCCAAUAAAAAAAAGGAAUCUAUCAUAGAAAAUGUAAUGACAACACUUGGGCUGAACGAAACUGGGCAGACACGAAUCUCUUGUUUAUCUGGUGGGGAAUGCAAGCGACUUUCUAUCGCACUGGAAUUGGUAAACAAUCCAACUAUUUUGUUUCUGGACGAACCCACCAGUGGAUUGGAUAGUUCAUCGAGUUUCCAAUGCGUCUCAUUAUUGCGUGACCUUGCCAGGAGUGGAAGGACUGUGGUUACCACGAUCCAUCAGCCCAGUUCGAGAUUACUGGAACACUUUGAUCACCUCUACAUCGUCGCAGGGGGAUCGUGCAUGUACCAAGGACCUGUCCAAUCUCUCGUACCCUAUCUGCACACGAUGAAUUUGAACUGUCCCAGCUACCACAACCCCGCUGACUUUGCAAUGGACAUAGCCAGCGGAGAAUACGGAGACGUUUUAUCCCGACUGGUAACUGGCAUAGAGAACGGACGACUCAUUUAUCAGGAAUCGCCGACGCCGACGCUGGCGUCGCCCUCGCUAAGCCACGAUACCGGAUUUUACGAUGAGGACGAAGACGUAAACAUGCUGGACGGAAAUAAGAAAAUGAAAAAGAAAAAUAAAACUCAAAACGAACGGCUGAUUUAUGCAGCUCCAUUUCACACACAAGUGGCCGUUCUUCUAGGAAGAACUUGGAGAACCAUUUGGCGAGAAAAAAUGUUGACGAUGCUCCGUUUCGCCGCCCACAUCGUCGUGAGUAUUCUAAUGGGCAUGCUGUACUGGCGGGUGGGCGACGACGCAGCCGUCAUUUACAACAACGCCGGAUUACUCUUCUUCAACCAGCUGUUCAUCCUUUUUGCCGCCAUGAUGCCGACUAUUGUGACGUUUCCGCUCGAGAGAAAGGUGCUGGUGCGGGAACAUUUGAAUCACUGGUACAGCCUCAAAGCCUAUUACCUGGCCAAAACGUUGGCCGACAUUCCGUUCCAGAUCGUCUUUCCUACUUUAUACUUGGUGACCGUCUACUUGAUGACCAACCAGCCGAUGAGUAUUGAACGUUUCGGUAUGUUGCUGGCCAUCACCAUUUGCAUGUCGCUCGUAGCGCAAGGAAUCGGAUUAUUAGUCGGGGCGGCUUUCAGCAUCCAAGUGGCCGUUUUCGUGGCACCUGCCUGCGCCAUUCCGUUCCUGCUCUUCUCCGGCUUCUUCGUCAACCUCAACUCCAUUCCGCCGUACAUGUCGUGGAUCGCCGACGUCAGUUUCUUCCGCUACGCCUUCCAGGGCUCCAUGGUGGCCACGUACGGGUUCGAUCGCCCGCCGCUGACCUGCUCUCAAGCCUACUGCCAUUUUCGCUACGCUCAAAAGUUUCUGGAACAGUUUGACCUCGGUCAAAGUUCCUACUACAUGUCCGUCGUCGGUCUGCUCAUCUUUUUCAUUUUGAUACGAGUGGCCGGCUACGUUGUCUUGCGCUUUAAACUUCGCCAUGUCCGUAACUGAGCUGCUCUGUUCUAUUUUAAGGAAUAAUCCGUAGCAGAAUUUUUUGAUAUUAUUGACGCAACACUGGAGCCCCUCCCAAAAAAUGAAUAAAACGAUACAAAAU